CAAGUCAGAAAAAGUGACUGCCUGCAACUUCCAGUAAAUGAUGGACAUUUCAUCAUAUCAGGCAUUGGUUAAGUAAUUGAUCCUUGGAUCUACAGAGAGACAAUACAGACAUUGACCAAUUGAAAGCAGGAAGCCUCAAGAAGAAAUAAGGGAAUUUACUGCAGUAAAUUCCCAACAGAAGCAAUGUUUGUUUGCAUUCAACAAGCAAAUGAUGGCUAAAUUCAAAUUGGGCAAUGUUUCUGUAAAUUAUUUCCUAUUUGCUCUUUGAGAUAAGGCUUCCUAUAAAUAAAGUACCAUUUUUCUUGUGAGAAUCCAUCGGAAAGAACUCAAUUUUUCAGGGGCUUUGCAAUAUAGCACCGGUAAGUUUAAUUCUAAAUGGAAACUUCAUAUUAUACCAUUUUACCUUGCUUUGUAUUCAAUUUUUUUCUUAUAACAAGUGAUUUUUAUGAUAUAGAAACUGUUAACCAGAAACUAAAACUUCUAUAUUUACAUCUGAGCUCUGAGACUGAUGCUGUGAUGGCAGAGAGCAUUUCAUUUUUCUAAGUAGAAAUCAUCACUUUGGGAGCUUUUCUGAAUUGUGUGUGAUGCUUUUGAUCUAUGUACCUGCUCUAAAGCAGUUAUAAGAGGAAUGAACAUUAUGGAUGGAGUCUUUAAAAUAUUGCUCAGUUUUCUGACAUAUACUUUCCUUCUAUUACAGCCUAAAUAAGUGAACUAUGAAGUUAUACAACUGCAUGUUGUUAUUGUCCCUGGUACUCUGUGUCAGUGCCCAGAACUGGUUCACUGAUGCUGGAGCAUUCAUAAGGGAUGCUUAUCGAGGUGCUGAGGAUAUGUGGCGUGCAUACAGCGACAUGCGGGAAGCGAAUUAUAAAAAUGCAGAUAAAUAUUUCCAUGCUCGUGGGAAUUAUGACGCUGCCCAAAGAGGGCCUGGCGGUAAAUGGGCAGCAAAAGUUAUUAGUGAUGCUAGGGAAGAUUGGCAGGGUGGCAUUAGUGGCAGAGGAGCAGAAGACACACGUCAAGACCAGGAGGCAAAUGCAUGGGGCCGAAGUGGAGGAGACCCAAACCGCUACAGACCAGAGGGCCUUCCCUCUAAAUACUAAUGCAGUCUGUAAUACUUUACAAUUGUUCAGUUUUUCUACCAGCUGUGCAAAACCACAAUAAAUACAAUCUUAAAUUUC